AUGUUUUCGCUUGUCCUCCUCGUCGUGUUGAUCGGGGUAGUCAUCGCUGUCACAUGGCUCAUUGUGAACCCUCGCCCUCCCGCGUUCCGGCUCAACUCCCUCUCUCUCCCCCUCUCUGGCCUUCACAACGCCUUCGACGCCUCAUCCCCUCCUCCAAAACUCCACGUCCGAAUCCAGCUCACCGCCACCAACCCCAACAAGAAACUCGACGUGGUCAUCCAGGACGUCAACCUCUGCCUCGCACCAGUUCAUCGCAAGUGCCAGCUCCCUCUCUCGAGCCACAACGACACAUCAUCUUCGGAAUAUGACAUCAGCAAGAGGGGUCGCCCAGUGUUUGUUAGAAAUUAA